CCAGCCGUUCCAUGGUAGGAUUUUACUUUGAAGGUCGGGACCGGAAAGCCUUUUUUUUUUUUAAGCUUUGAGAAGGAUUUUAGCCAUAGCUAAGAGAGACAUAAGUUUAAAAAAAAUCAACAACAUAGACUGAUUAGAAAUGGCCGGAACGGCUUCAGUAGCUGGCGAAGUGUUCGUUGAUGCUCUGCCAUAUUUCGAUCAAGGCUACGAUGCAGCAGGUGUCAGAGAAGCGGCUGCAGCAUUGGUUGAGGAGGAAACCAGAAGGUACCGGCCUACCAAAAACUACCUGAGCUACCUGCCCACACCUGAUUUCUCUGCUUUUGAGACCGAAAUCAUGAGAAAUGAAUUUGAACGACUUGCUGCUCGUCAGCCCAUGGAUCUCUUGAGCAUGAAGAGAUAUGAGCUACCAGCACCCUCAUCAGGACAGAAGAACGACAUUACAGCGUGGCAGGAGUGUGUGAACAACUCUAUGGCGCAGCUGGAGCACCAGGCCGUCCGCAUUGAGAACCUGGAACUCAUGUCGCAGUAUGGAACCAACGCAUGGAAAGUCUACAACGAUAACUUGGCCUUCAUGAUUGAAAUGGCACAAAAGGAACUUCAAAAAUUCAGGAAGCAAAUUCAGGAUUUAAAUUGGCAGCGUAAGAAUGAUCAGUUGGCAGGAGGAGGCAAGCUACGAGAGCUGGAGUCAAAUUGGGUGUCUCUGGUCAGUAAGAACUAUGAGAUUGAGCGGGCCAUUGUCCAGCUGGAGAAUGAAAUCACUCAGCUCAGACAGCAGCAGGGGGACGAGAACAAGGAGAACAUCCGACAGGACUUCUAGAGCAUCAGCUUUCACCCUCACAGCACUGAUCUGCUAAACAGUGACCCCUCAAUCAGACAGAUUGCAUUGUGUUUCAUAAGGUUGACUGGACUAAGAAGCUCAGAUUGGGAAAGUUAUGUAUGGAGAUUUAAUGUGAAGCUGCAUUAUUAACUUUGAUCUUCAGAAGGAGAAACCUCAGUGACUUCAUGCCUCGUACUCCACUGUAAAAACAGUGAUGGGAUAUGGUAUAAUCUGGCAUUUUAAGAGUGAGGGUUCUGUGACCCUUGGGGGAAGUUUAAAGCGAGAGUAUGUACAGUUUGCUAAAAGAACAUAGGGAUGUUCUUAGAAAUGGAGCAUUGACUUCAUACAGUAAAACAGUUUGGCUCGAUUCGGUAAACUCAGAUUCCGCUGCAACAGCCUGCCUUGGUCUGGUGUCAUCAGUAGCUUUAAGUGGCUAAAGGUUAGCUGGCUUUAUAUACCGUAUUGUUGUGUAACUGACAUUAAUGAGUCGGAGGGCUGGCUUUAAGAUCAUUUUCUUUUUUUGCAACUGUUAUACCAAUAGCAUUUAAUGUCAUUCCAUAAAUGCCACAUAACAUUCACCAAAAGUUACAUAGUCUCACUUUAAAAUGUACAUUAUACCUGUAUAUAGGUUUCACACUCUGAAGCUGCCUGCCCAUGUUCCACUGUGUUUAAGUGUACAUAGUUUAGGUCUGUCAACUACAAAAUGCUGUCAGUGAGCCCACCUUGUUUUCUAUUCAUGUAUUCCAUUCAUUUUAAUAAAGUGGACAUUUCUUAAACCUCCUGUGUGAAUUAGAGAAUAUCUCAAAUUAAUAAACCUGACUAGCAUUUGG